GCUCCGCCGUCGGCCCCGGGCCUCGGGCAGGGCUCCCCCGCUCCCCGGGCCUCGGGCAGGGCUCCGCCGCCGGGACAUGGUGCGCGUCGCGCCCCGCCGCCGCUGAGCUCGCGGGCCGCGCAGGCCUUGGUCACGCCGCGCGGAAAAAUGUUCUCCGCCCUCAGGAAGCUCGUGGGGUCGGAGCAGGCCCCGGGCCGGGACAAACACAUCCCCGCGGGGCUGCAGUCCAUGAACCAGGCGCUGCAGCGGCGCUUCGCCAAGGGGGUGCAGUACAACAUGAAAAUCGUGAUCCGGGGGGACAGGAACACGGGCAAGACGGCACUGUGGCACCGGCUCCAGGGCAAGCAGUUCGUGGAGGAGUACAUCCCCACACAGGAGAUCCAGGUCACCAGUAUUCACUGGAGCUACAAGGCCACUGACGACAUUGUGAAGGUCGAAGUCUGGGACGUGGUGGACAAAGGAAAAUGCAAAAAACGUGGCGACGGCUUGAAGGUGGAGAACGACCCACAGGAGGUGGAAGCGGAGAUGGCCCUGGACGCCGAGUUCCUGGACGUGUACAAGAACUGCAACGGCGUGGUCAUGAUGUUUGACAUCACCAAGCAGUGGACCUUUAACUACAUCCUGCGGGAGCUGCCCAAAGUGCCCAGCCACGUGCCCGUGUGUGUGCUUGGGAAUUACCGUGACAUGGGCGAGCACCGGGUCAUCUUACCCAGCGACGUGCGUGACUUCAUCGACCGCCUGGACAGGCCCCCAGGCUCCUCCUACUUCCGUUACGCUGAGUCUUCCAUGAAGAACAGCUUUGGUCUCAAGUACUUGCACAAGUUCUUCAACAUCCCGUUUCUGCAGCUUCAGAGGGAGACGCUGCUGCGACAGCUGGAGACCAACCAGCUGGACACAGACGCAACGCUGGAGGAGCUGUCGGUGCAGCAGGAGACGGAGGACCAGAACUACAGCAUCUUCCUGGAGAUGGCAGAGGUGCGACGCCGUGGCCACACGUCCCCAGGGGCCACCACUGGGCAGAGCCCACCCCCGGGUUCCCAGUCACCCGCUGGGCCCACGGGCACCUCGUCUCUGGACAGCUCUGGCUCCAGCACGCCCCAGUCAGUCCCUCAGCUGCCCAUGGGGGCACCUCCCACUGGCCCCCCACAGCCAGCCCCUGCAGCCCUCCAGGAAGCCCUGCCCUCCCCCACAAACCCCCCCGCCCCCGCCCCGCGGAGGAGCAUCAUCUCCCGGUUGUUUGGGACCUCACCGGCCGUGGAUGCAGCGCCCCCACCCCCAGAGCCCACACCCACGGCCCCCCGGCACGUGCACAAGGUAGAGGACUUCGUUCCGGAGGACAGCCUGGACCGUGGCUUCCUGGAGGACACUGCCCCCCAAAGAGAGGAGAGGAGGGGUGCGGCUUCCGUGCCCCCUCACGACAGCGACAGUGAUGGCGAGGCUGAGGGAGGGAACCCCAUGGUGGCCGGCUUCCAGGACGACGUGGACCCCGAGGACGGGCCUGGCAGAGCGCUGCCACCCUCACGCCCAGUGCCCAGCAAGGACGUCAGCCUCUCCAGUGAGGAUGAGGCGCCGCCCGCGGCCCUGCCCCCCAGAGCGGCCAGCCCUGCUGCCCCGCGGGGCCCGGAGCCCGACCCCAGACGGGUACACGCCAAGGCAUCCCGGGUGGCGCCCGAGCCUGCGCGCCCCGCGGAGGGCACCCCGGAUGAGAAGGCGCGGGCGUCCUCCUCGGAGAGCGACCCCGAGGGCCCCAUUGCUGCCCAGAUGUUGUCCUUCGUCAUGGACGACCCCGACUUCGAGAGCGGCGAGUCGGACACGCAGCGCCGGGCGGCCGAGUUCCCGGUGCGGGAGGAUCUGUCGGACGCCAGCGACGAGGAGGCCACCCCGGGCCCCGCGCCGCCCCCCAGGACCCCCGCACCCUCGAAGCUGCAGAACCACUCGGAUCUCUUCGGGCUGGGGCCGGAGCCCGCAGGCCCCCGGGGGCGCAGCGACCAAGGCCGGGCCAGCAAGCCGCCCCCCAAGGAGAAGAAGAAGAAGAAGCACCAGGGCCGGGAGGACGACGACAAGGCCGGCAAGAAGGGCAGGUCCAAGGGCAGGAGGGACGAGGGCCGCGAGGAGCGGCGACGGCGGCGCAAGGAGAGGAAGGCGGCCGACGAGCUGGAGGCCUUCCUGGGGGGCGGCGUGCCCGGCGGGCGGCACCCCGGGGGCGGCGACUACGAGGAGCUGUAGCCCCAGGUCCGCCGUGUGCCAGGCUGGGCCCCGCGCGGUGGGCAGCUCCCCUGGCCAUUCUCAG